AUGGCAGGAGCCAGAGAACCGACUACGAAGACACCCGGUGGUGUCGCGCAACCUACCCCUGGGCGUGGCUCGCCAGCGCGUGUGCCCACACCGGUAACCACGUCCGCAGUCGUUGAAGACUCGUCCGCGCAGGAGACGCGUGACGACAAGAUCCUCGCAGCACUCGCGAGUGUGACGGAACGCCUCGCGACGCUGGAAUCGUCGCAGCGGGUGCGCGACGAAGACGAGCGCAUGCUGGGUGCUGUCGAAAGUGGCAUGUUUGCAUCGAAGCUCGGCGCGAACAUGCGCGGGCGUCCAAUGACGAUCGACGCGCUCGGGUCGCCGGAGAGGAAGCCAACAGCGCCGCCAGCGUAUCAGCGCGCGGAUGAACUUGGUUUGUCUCGCUUCGCGACGCUCGAGCCACCUGGUGCGCGCUUGCCGCAGCAGCAGCCCGCGCCGCCGCAAGCAGACGUGCGUCCGGGACUGAACGGCUACGGGAUGCCGUCUUCAAGUCAGCGGAAGCUGAAUAUCCGAAAGUUUGACGGGACAGAGUUGUACCAUGGGCUCGGUAGCGGCUUCUUCGACUGGGCCCGUACGUUCAUGCGUGCCGUGAGCCUCGGAGAAGCGUCGUGCGGCUUCGCGAGGACCGAGGACGUCAAGGUGGACCUCCUCAGCCACUUCCUGGCGGGCACUGCGGAGCGGUACUACCACAAGCAGGUUGACACCUGGUGGGUGCAGAUGCCGCGCCUCGAGCACAUCCUCGAGCAGCUGCUGCUCGCGUUCAAGACCACGAUUACUGCAAUAAGCGAGGCGCGCAGCGGCGCCGACUCACUCGUGCUCGACAACAUCGUGCAUCACGCGUCGCCCGGAUUAAUGAACGUCAUGCGCGCGAAGCACGACCCGACGCGGGUCGAUUACCUGCGUCAUGCAGAAGAGCUGGCGCACUUUGCUCAGUCGAUCAAACACGGCACUGGCGCGGUCGGCCGCGAGGUAGUCGCAGCACAUGUCCAGACUACACCCAAGGGGCCGCGCGUGUGCUACCGGUGCGGCAGACCUGGGCACAUUGCGUCCGACUGCAGCGCGCGUGUGGUGCAUGACGAAGAAGCGCGUGCGCAAAGUGGGGGCAGCAUGAUCCUAGCGCUGACCGAAAAGUCGCCGGGCGCGGUCUCGAGACGAUGCCACAAGAAGAAGAGGAGCUCGCGCGGCAAGGAAACUGCUGUAGGCGACGCGAGAGGCAAAGCUCAAGCCACGGACGGCUCGCUCGGCCUAGUAAUUGCUACGAACGACGCUAGCAAGAUCGGGCGAGGCGACUGGAUCCUCGACAGCGGCACAAGCCGACAUCUAGUGAACGACGAGUCGCUUCUGCUUGACUCAUCCUCUUGUAGUCACGACAUCGCCAUGGCGGAUGGCGAAUCGUUGCGACUGACGCGUACUGGCAGCGUACGCCUCAAGGUCCUCGCGCGUGGUGUAAAGACGAUCGUGACGCUCACGGACGUGUAUCUGGCACCGCGACUGGCGAAGAAUAUCGUGUCGUACGGGAAGCUCAAGAGCAAAGGCUACGGACUCGUUUAA